AUGGUAACCCGUGGCCGGGAGCCAGCUGCCGAGCCGCGAGCAGCCCCUGAAGGAGGAAUUCCUCGCUUUCCCGCUGCUUUUCGACGACAAGGCCAAAACACAGCACUUCAUCACCGAGGGUCUGCGGCUGUACGCCGAAACGGCCGAGUUUUGCUCGCACGAGCAGUUUCUGGACAUUUACGAGCUCACGCACAACGUCGACCUGUUCCUCGAAACGCUCUCGUUCCCGUGCCGCACACUGUGCCAGCUGCUCGGCGUGCUGCUCGUUGGGGCCCGCUACAACCCACACUGCUCGCCCGAGAUCUACGGCGUGCUCCACCGCGAGUUCUCGCGCGUCGGGCUUUUCACGGAGGACUGCAUGGAGCUGAUCCAGGCGCGCCUGCUGUUGCUCGAGCACUACGUGUACUCGCUCAAGAUGGAGUCCACGUGGUCGCUGCUGUUCAGCAUCGUGUGCGCCGCGUACGCGCUCGGGUAUCACGUGCGCGAGACGGGCAAACACGUGCUCUGGCGCACCAUCGUCUUCUACGACUGCCUGAUCGGGUCCACGAACGGCCGCCCAAACGCCACGUCGUGUCUUCUGGACCCGGCCUCUUCCAUGCUGUGCGACUUGAUCCACCUCUACCGCGACACCAACCGCGCGUUCCAGGCCUACGGAAAAGACCCGGCGCUCUACGAGGCCCAGAUUCUGCCGCUGGACAGCCGCAUGUCCGCCGUGCUCGACCGCAAAACCGACACAGACCCGCUCCUCCUUCGCAGCUACCGCCUCCUGAUCCUCACCAACCAGAUCAAACUCCACUACCCGUUCUUACGUAA